CCUGAUAAAAAACAUUAAAUUACGAAAUUCUGAUCAUUAUUAAAUUUUUUCCCAUUACAGGUAGUUACAACGAAAUCGAAAUGAGUGGCGUCAAGUUAACAAAAGACGUUUUCGGUGAAAUAAAAGAUUCCAAAACAAGGCAAAUAAAAACAGUAUCAAGAUUCACGUGGACUAAUGCUAAUAAGGUCAGUGUUCAAGUCAUUAACUACGGAGGAUAUAUUACUUCAAUCAAGGUUCCUGACAAAAAUGGCAAAAUCGACGAUAUAACUAUUGGUUUUAAAGAUAUAGAAAGUUAUCUUAAGCCCGAGAACAGAUAUUUUGGUGCUACAAUAGGAAGAGUAGCAAAUAGGAUUGGAAAAGCAAAGAUGGAAAUAGAUGGCAUUGUGUAUGGUCUGGCCGCUAAUAAUGGAGAAAACCACCUACAUGGUGGAGUAGUGGGAUUUGAUAAGGUUAUCUGGGAUGCUACUAUGAAAGGCACGAAACUUACCCUAAGUUAUCACUCGGCUGAUCUUGAAGAAAACUACCCAGGUGACUUGAUUACUAACGUUACUUUCGAACUAACCAAUGAGAGCGAAUUUAUUAUCGACUACAAAGCCGUAACCACGAAAAUCUGCCCUGUGAAUAUGACCAAUCAUUCUUAUUUCAAUCUUGCCGGAAAUGGUACAGGUGCUGAAGAGUUAUACAAGCAUAUUGUUUGCAUUAAUGCUGACAAAAUUACCGAGGUUGUGGAAGCAAUACCAACAGGAAAAUUAACAAGCGUCUUGGGUACAGCCUUUGAUCUGCGAGUACCUACUGAACUAGGACAAGUAAUUAACAAAGUACCAAAUGCUCCAGGAUUCGAUCAUAAUUUCUGCAUUUCUAAAGGAUCCAAACAAGAUAAUGCUUUCCUAGCCAGUGUCUACCAUCCGGGUAGUGAAAGAGUUAUGGAAGUUUAUAGUAACCAGCCAGGUGUGCAGUUUUAUACUGGUAACUUCCUUCCUAAAGAAGAUGUUUUAAAAGGAAAAGAUGGCUUUAUUAAAAAACAUGGAGCGUUGUGUUUGGAAACUCAGAAAUAUCCUGAUUCUGUUCAUCAUGACAAUUUUCCUACCACCAUCAUAUAUCCAGGAGAGCAGUACCACCAUUCCGUAAUUUUCAAGUUUUUUGUUAAAACUUAAUUUGCUUCUGUAUAUCCAUCUGUAUAUUUUAAAUAAAAAUAUCCAAUAAAUAUUG